UGUUUCUCCGAGGCUCCUGCUACGGUUUGUUUCCGACAAAAAAUACGUUACACUUUCAACUGGCUAUGAAAAUAGAUAAUUAUCUCAACUUUUAGUUAAUUGUGUAAGGAAAUAGUCACUUAAACGUGUUGUUACGUUAGAAACAGUAAGGUUACGGUGUCUUGCGGCUCCGUCUCGUCGGUUUUCACUCCGGGAGAGAAGAAGCUUCUUCAUUUUGUUGUGAACAUUGUAACGCUGUUUUACUUUCGGCAUUUUGGGGAAAGUACUGGCCUUUAAACUAUUCAUUGAUGGUCUGCAGUAGAACCUGAGGUAGCGGGCCUAACCGUAGCCCAACAUCAUGACCGAGAGUUUCAGCAACAUCGAGGAUGAGGCAUUCCCCAGUUUCCUGUCGAGCUCUGUGGGCAGCAGCCGUGCCACCCUGGGGAACAUCACCCUGGCCUCCACCCUGGGGCUGCCCGUAGCUGCCUCCACCCUGGCUAAAAUUAGAGCUGGGGCCGACAACAGAGUAAAUGCUGUCCAGGCGUCAUAUCUGGAGGACGGACCGCUCUCUCUGGCUAACUCUCAGUCCAACAACAAGGAACCGGGACAAUUCGCCCUCAGCUUCAAAGAUGAGCUAGAUGAUGCAGAUGACUUCAUAGCAGCCCUCCGGUUCUCAGACAUGCUGGUGAAGGUCCGAUCCCUCCCAGGCACCGUGGACGACCAGAGUCUGGCCAGUGACGGAGCCGACAGCGACCGCUUCAGUGGGAGUGUCUCCAGCUUCCUGGCCAAUGAGAAGCUCAUGUGUGUGGACAGCAUGAACAGUGAUGUCACAGAUGACGAUGUCGACGUGAACGACCUGCAGGAUGAAGAUCUGGACCUGUACUUAAACCAGCUGGUGAACCCUGCCAUGCAGAGAGGACGGGUGGAGGGACAGGAGAUACCUGAUGCUGACCGGCUAGCCAACCAAGACUAUUCGUCUCAGCCCGGUUCUACAGAACCACAGAAGAACAGAUACCAGUUCCUGGAUGACUAUGACCAGAUGCCUGACGUGAGGCUGGCUGCUACAGGGAUGGACUCGUGUCCCGGCAGUGAUGAGGAGGAGGACACCGAGGAUGAGCUGGAGGCAGCUAGGAGACACACUUCUACCAGACACAGACUCCUGCUGUCCAGCACCUCCCGACAGCUGCGUGUUCCAGUUCCCGCCAAAAUAUCCACCGACUUCGCACAGCCGUUGAAGAUGAAUGGGACAAUAUUCCACAGGCCACAAUCAGCAGCCCGGUCGGUCAGCAGCCCGGUCGGUCAGCAGCCCGGUCGUCGGUCAGCAGCCCGGUCGUCGGUCAGCAGCCCGGUCGUCGGUCAGCAGCCCGGUCGUCGGUCAGCAGCCCGGUCGUCGGUCAGCAGCCCGGUCGUCGACCACCUACGAUGUGCUGCGGGGCUGGGGAUCCUGGGGGCCAGCGUGCCGGGAGAGAAUGCCCAGGACCCUCACUCUCUACUGGGGCUGAGCCGGGGCAGCCUGAUGGGGGACCGUGUGGGGCCGGUGGGGACUGGAGAGACCAGCGCUGGGCCCCAGAGGAUGUCCCCUGUCAACUGGAGUAUGGCCUUAGACAGACAGGAGGUGCUGGAUGCCAUGGACAGCACAGAGUCUACGGUGGCAGGGGAGGGUCAGGGUGUCUUGGAUUCUAUAUAUCUGAGGGCUGGUGCUGGACACUGGAGACCUCAGGACAUGACCUCUCACCUCCAGACCACACAGAGCAGUUUCCACCUCUCUCAGGUGCUUCCUUCACUUAGCGAUGAGGAGGAGGGGAGGGGGAGGCCUGCUGCCCUGGGGCCAAGAGGAGGUCCAUGUGGGGACUCCUCUGGUCCUCCUGGCCUGUCAGACACGAGUCAGGGAGAGAAGGAUCUCCUCUACAUCUCUCUGGAAGCGAAGUACCUCUCUCAGAGCUUCCACCAGGAGGACUCCUCUGACAGCGACUGGAACCACUGUCCUGAUAACCUGGACUUCCAACCGGCCUCUCACAGUGUGGUCUACCAGAACGAGGAGGGGAAAUGGGUGACUGAUCUGGCGUACUACUCGUCCUUUGAGAAGGAGGUGGAUGGACACCAGCUGCCGGAAGUAGCAGACCAGUUCCAGGCUGAGGACUUCGUUCCAGGCAGUAACGCCAUAGAGAAGAUCAUAGAAGACCAGAAGGAGUUUGAGAAGGAGAACCAGUUCAUGCAAGAGGAGGUGAUGGAGCCUGCCUCCACCAGUCCAGGUCUCCUAUCUGACACGUCCUGGAGACUCCCAGCUAGCAGCCACAUCCUGAUGAGGGCCAGCCAGGUGUCCCAGGAGCUGGACAGAGGGAACCAGAGCUACCUCCGUCUGUCUCUCGGGACCUUCUUCCAGCAGCGCUCUGAGGCCCUGGGCUGUCUAGGGGACGACCGGGAAGACGAUGCAGUCAAACGGCCGUCGUUUGGUUACGUCAUCACCUCUCCAGAGAAGAGGGAACCGUUUCCUCUGAUUCACCCAUCAGACUUCCUGUCUCAGGACAGCUCGGUCCACAACGACACCCUCACACACACUGACCACGACCGCACCAUGAACACAGAGGACUUGGACAAGACUGUGGAGGCAGAUCCAGACAGGGUGUCACCUACAGGAGAUGGCGAGCCAGAGCCUUGUGAAUCAGCCUCUUCCCCCCUCUCUGAGGCCCUGCUCUCCCCCAGCCAGACCCUUCCCUCAGCCUCCCCCCUCCCUGAUGCCCUGCUCUCCCCCAACCAGACCCUUCCCUCAGCCUCCCUCCCUGAGGCCCUGCUCUCCCCCAGCCAGACCCUUCCCUCAGCCUCCCCCGGCAGCCUGGGCCCCAGCCCCGACACAGACCAGUCUAGCCUCAUGUUGUCUAUCAGCACCAUUGCCUCGGCCAUCGCAGAUGCCUCCAUCUCCUCCGAGCCCUCCCAGCUGGCUGCCAUGAUCAUGGAGCUGUCAAAGAGGAGUAGGUUACAGAGGCAACACCAGAAAGGUGUGCUGGACCUGGACCAGCCCGGCCCUAACCAGGUUCAACUGGACCAGCCCGGCCCUAACCAGGUUCAACUGGACCAGCCCGGCCCUAACCAGGUUCAACUGGACCACCCCGGCCCUAACCAGGUUCAACUGGACCAGCCCGGCCCUAACCAGGUUCAACUGGACCAGAGAAUCCUGCUGGAGACUCUACAGAGGAGCCAGUGUGCCGGGGACCUACUGGAGACUCUACAGAGGAGCCAGUGUGCCGGGGACCUACUGGAGACUCUACAGAGGAGCCAGUGUGCCGGGGACCUACUGGAGACUCUACAGAGGAGCCAGUGUGCCGGGGACCUACUGGAGACUCUACAGAGGAGCCAGUGUGCCGGGGACCUACUGGAGACUCUACAGAGGAGCCAGUGUGCCGGGGACCUACUGGAGACUCUACAGAGGAGCCAGUGUGCCGGGGACCUACUGGAGACUCUACAGAGGAGCCAGUGUGCUGGGGACCUCAGUGCCUUCGACAUUGAAAAGUACCUGAAGCAGACCGAGGUAUCCACCAGCAGCGACAGCGACCAGUCAGGCUCCUCCCACUACACUUUUGACAUCCUCGGCUGGGCCGACAGCCUCAACUCCUCCCACAGGAAGUCCCAGGCUGCAUCACUUGUUGUUACUGUGGAGAACGAGAGCUCGGGUUAUCAACACCAGGCUACCGAAUACCAGGCUAGCACCAAGGGAGAAAUCUCCUCUGGCGUAGAGGCGAAGGCGGGUUUGACACAAGGUUACCCUGCUGCUAUGACCCGUCCAGUCUCUGCUGGACUACAUCCAGGUUCUGGUCAGAGUGGAGUAGGCCCAGCUAACAAGAUGGAGGUGAGGAGGAGAAGUUCCAUCCCCCGUCCCAGGGCCAGUUCCAUCCCUACAGCCUCUGGCAAACCAGGGAGGAGGUCUGUGGGCUCUGGUCAGUUCUCCUCAACCACCAUCUCCCCAGCCAAACCAGCUGCUAACAGGAAGGCUGUAGGGAAUAACAGUGAGCCCCAGCCAGCUGGUGUACUAAGCAGGAGCAAAACAGAGAGUGGUGGGCCUGAACUAGGAGCAGUCCGUCCAACACCCAACAACACCCCAGCCCAGAAGGUAGAGGACCCCUCCGCAUCUCCUGCCCCAGGCCCUAAGACCUCCCCUGGUCUGAGGAAGGGUCUGUCAGGGCCGCUGUCCCUCAGAGACAUCACAUCCCCCUCCCAGAGAACCAGGAGGAGCACAGUGAAGACCCACGCUACAGGGAGCAGUACAACCCAGCAGGAGAAACCCAGUGGCCUGGAGAAGAGUGUUGGAGAAGCUCCUCCCAACGCUGUGGCCAAACAUGUUGGUUUUACUUCCUCGUGUCACAGCCCCCAGCCUGCUGCUGCACACAGGACGUACGAUGUGUCUCCAGGUACUCCUGUGCAUCAUGCCGGAGGACCAGAGCAGAGCCAGUGCACCUUCAGACCCUCCACCUCUCCUCUCACCCACUCCUCCCCCUCACAGACCUCCUUCCCCAGCCAAGAAGGGACUGUGUCGCCCCCCUCCCCCAGUAUAGGGGACAGGAGACGUCCCAGUGAUCUCACUCCUCCCCAGUCUGAGUGGAGCUGUUCCAGCCUCAGCAGACUGACAUACAUCUCUCUGAAUGACAGCACGGCUGUCAACACAACCGGCGUCCCAACUCCUGACAGACACAAGAGUCAUGGCACCAUGUCUCUGAGCACCACUAUCAUCAGGGCCAGUCCCACCCCGCUAGUAGAAGGGGCUGAUACCCAGAGUCCUACAGGUCAGGAGCUACCUCCUCACCGCUCUACAGACGUCCUCUGUCCUCCUAGACAGUCCAAGAGCCCAGAGUCUCCUCACCACUCGAACGGUCCUCGUAGUGGCUCGGUAGACCUGCGGAGUGGUUCAGGUCUGGGCUUUACACGCAGCCAGAGUGAGUGUAACUAUCACUGUGGGAACAAUAGAGACUUCAACCAGCAGAAACGCCACUCCGAACCCAACUCGCACCUUCUCAACAAGUUGGAUUCUGGCUACUCCAGCAACCUGAAUAUCCAGCAGCCCAGCGGUAUGGGGGGCCAGGGUAACCAGCAGUGGUCUGGGGUCUCAGCCCAGGGGAGUGAGGUCUAUCCUGGGGCCAGGACGGGCUUCGGCCUGCCUUCCUCCGAGGACCUGUGCUACAUGCCCAUCUCCAGCUUCAAGCCCCAGGGCUCCAUGGUGGACCUGCCUCCAGGGGUCCCUAGCCUCCUGACGGGGCGCUCCCUCUUCAGCUCCCAGCUGGCACAGCAGAACCUGGGCUCGGAUGGAGCUCUUCACCCUGGUCUCCCUCUGCCUGCUCCCUACCACCACAUGGCAAUAGUAGGGAACGGCCUGUAUGGUCACGCUAUGUCCUCGCGGUUAGGACCCAACAUUGACCCCUCAGUCAGACACCUCCACAGCUCUGGGGGUCUGGGCGUCUCUGGGCCAGGUGGACCAGGAGGUCCCGGGGGUCUGUACCCCUGCUCUAACCCCCACCUCAAUCCCUUGGACCCAGGACUGAUGGAGGGGAACCCCUACAACCAGCACUGUGUAGCCUCGUGGUCUGACGGCAGCCUUCCUGAACCCACAGCCCAGGUCGUGAUCCCUGAGGAGCUGAGGUUCCCCCAUGCCUGCUGUGUAGGCAUCUCCUCUCAGACCUCACUGGGCAUCUUCAACCCCUCCGAGCGUUGGCAGCAGGUCUCCAUCACCGUCACCAGUCUGGCCAUCAACGGAGAGAAGGUUGAGUCAUUCCCGUACCAGUGGCUGAUGGUGAAGAACAAGACCAUCAUUGGCCCUAAGAGCACGGAGGAGCAGAAGGUGUUGUUCAUCCCACCUCAGGCCGGGGUGUACCAAGCUGUCCUCAGUGUCUCCUCCUGGCCUGCCUCCGCUGAGGCCCAGGCUGUCGCCCGCGCCGAGGUGUUCGCCAAGAGGGUGGUCCUCGUCGCCAUGGCAGAGAACCCUGCUCUGGAGGUGGAUGUGGGGAAGUGUGGCAGUCUGGACUUCGGAGACCUGGCAGGUGGCAGUGCCAAAGCUCUCCCUCUGAAGCUGCUGAACAGGACUCAGGCCACCGUACCUAUUAGACUGGUUAUCAGUGCUAACGCCACGGCCUGGCGCUGCUUCACCUUCUCCAAGAGUCCCGUUGCCAUGACAGCCGAGGGCCUGCUGCAGGCGGGAACUCUGACAUCACUGGCCGCUCCGUCCGUCAUGAACCACGUGAUGCACGCCAGCUACGGAGAGAAUCCAGAGAGCUUCAUGGUUUGGGUCCACUUCCACGCUCCACAGAAGUACCAGUCCUGUUCAGGUGAUCUAGGUCCAGCGGAUGAGUACAGUGCGCGGGUGGACAUCGAGGUGGACUGUCCAGGCCCCAGUCAUGUGAUCAGGAGCGUCCCUCUCAGAGCCAGGUCUGGAACAGCCAGAGUACACGCCCCUAAAGACCUGCAGAAUGUUAACCUCUCGGCAGUGUUGGGUCAAUCCAGCACGCAGACUCUGCCUCUGAAGAACGCAGGCAACAUUGAUGUUCAGCUGAAACUCAAGAACAGCGGUGGUGAUGGCUGUUUCUCUGUGAGUCCUGUUGACCUGUGUCUGCGUGCCGGGGAGGAGCAAGGCAUUGUGGUCUCGUUCACCUCUCAGGGCGGCAGGAAGAACCGAGAGAGUGUUCUGACCAUCCUGGUGCUGCCGUCUGGUCCUCAGUAUGAGGUGGUUCUGAAACAGGUGGUACCAGAGGAGGGGGUGAACCCUGCUGCCCCUGGUCCUGUCUCUGCCCUGGGCAUGCUGCCCCACAGUGAGGUGCCCCCCAUCCUCUCCAACAAGCAGUUUGUGGCCUGGGGAGGGGUCACGCUGGGCAGGGCUGUACAACAGAAGCUGGUUCUUCGUAAUAACUCCCCCAACACAACACAUCACCUGCGUCUACUGAUCCGAGGACAAGACCACAGCUGUUUCCAGCUCCAGAGUAGUUUUGGACAGGAGGAGAGGUUGACCCGACACAGAGAGCUGUCUAUCCGGCCCAGGGAGGAUGUUGUUGUCCACCUGCUGUUUGCCCCAACCCGGGUGGCCUGCACCCUGUCCAAGCUGGAGAUCAAACAGUCUGGAGUACGGCCCUCACAGCCUGGCAUCAAGUUCACUAUCCCCCUAUCAGGCUAUGGAGGGACCAGUAACAUUAUUCUGGAAGACCACAGGAAGCGUUCAGAUGGCUACGUGGCUAUGCUAAUGGGGGUGGCAGCAGGCCAGGUCUCCAAGCUGUGUGUCUGUGUGAGAAACACUGGGUGCAGGGCUGCCUUCAUUAAGGCUGUUCUCUACUCUGACCUACACACACGCUCUGUCAUGGACUCCUCGGACAUCAGCCUCUCUCCGUCUCAGUUCGUCCUGAAGGAGAGGACACAGGAGGUGAUCACGGUUCUGAUGAAGGUGACCCAGAGAGAGCAGACUCUGUGUCAGUCAGCUAAUGCCGUCCUGGCCACAGUCUGUCUCUUCUGUGGAGACGAGGUCUCACGACAACAGUUCAGGAGGUUGCUGCUGUCGAAGCCUGAUGCAGGCAGGAAGAUUCUGUCAGAGAACAGUCUGCUGAAAGGACUCAACUUCAACGAGAGGUUCCUGGGGGAGGAACAAGUCCUGGAGGCCUACGACCUGCCCCAGAGCCCCAACCAGGCCCAGUUGUUCUAUGGGAACCUGAGUAAGGUGGUGUUGUCAGUGCUGGGCAGCACAGAGACCUUGGACUCUGGAAGGGCUGACCUCCAUGUCCAGGCCCCCCUAGCUGUCACCAGGAGAGGCUCGGAGGCUGACAGUGGUUUUGGGAACUCAGACCGUCACAUCAGCAACGUGUCUCUGGAUGUACUGCCUGUGAAGGGUCCUCAAGGCCCCGCGUUACCCAGGACAGAGGCCUCUGGGACGGGGACAGAACCAGGGGACCACAGGGACUCCUGGAGCCUCCAGCCUGAACAGCUGGUCCUCACCUCUCCCACUAUCAACGGAGCCUCCAACACCAGACAUGUCCUGAUCCAGAACCACUCAUCAUCCAGAGAGCUGAGCUUUGAGUUGUCCUGGCCAGCCCACUGUCUCACUGUUACCCCUCAACAUGGAGUCAUAGAACCACAGUGCCACCUCCAGAUCCUCAUCAGUCCUAAUCCGUCCCUAGCAACCAGGACAUCCAUGUUUCCAUGGAGUGGCCAAAUAUAUGUCCAGUGUGACAAUCAACAGAAGGUAUUCAUCAAGGUCCAGAUCCGUCAGGACCUGGCUCUGGAUGUAUCAACGACUGCUAGCGCCAUGCCCACCGCCAUGCUGCCCCCUGCAGGCCAACCCCUGACCAGGACAGCUCCAGCCACGGUAGAGAUCAGUAACCGUACCAUCGUGUUUCCUGCCACGCCCUCAGGAGAAACCUCAGAGUCCUCUGUGGAGGUGGAGAACAGAGGAGAGCAGGUGAGGUGGUACCUGUCUUCCUUCGCCCCUCCUUAUGUAAAGGGGGUGGACAGCAGUGGGGAUGUGUACCGGGCCACCUACACAGCCUUCAGAUGUCCCAGAGUCUCUGGAACCCUGGGAGCAUACCACAAGAUGCAGGUGCCCAUCACCUUCCUGCCCAGGGACCGAGGGGACUAUGCUCAGUUCUGGGACCUGGAGUGUCACCCAGUGGCUGAGCCUCAGCACAAGACCAGGAUACGCUUCCAGCUCUGUGGCACUGGUGUGAAGGUUGGUCCAGCAGUGGCUCCUCAGGAAGCAGACUGUUCUCUGGUGAAGACUGAAGCCUUUAAGACCAGGAGAAGACCUGACCCGGUUGCUGAUGGGGGCAUGACUGGUCAGGAGGAGGCUCUGUGUAGGGGGGUAUACGCCCCCCAGGACCACUACUCAUUCCCCCCUACCAGGGUAGGGGGGACCAGCACAAUGAAGGUCAACAUGAGAAACAACUCCUUGAAACGCAUGCGGUGA